AUGGCCUCGACCCGCGGGCAGAAGACCGCCGUCUUCUUCCUCACGUUCUUCAGCUAUGUCAUGUUCCACGUCUCGCGCAAGUCCUUCUCGGCCGUGAAGGGCGAGAUGAGCAAGGAAGAGUGGAUGGACUCGAUCUUCUACGCCAAGUCGGAGCAAGGCAAGAUGUAUGGCCUCAUGGACACGCUCUUCAUGGGCUUCUACGCAGUGGGUCUCUACGUCAGUGGCAUCCUCGGCGAUCGCUACGACCUGCGCAAGCUCCUCGCCGGCGGCAUGGGCCUCACAGCGCUCAUCAUGGUGCUCUUUGGCGUUGCCGCCUUUGCCAACGUCCACUCGCUCGGCUUUUACGCGUUUCUGUGGGCGCUCAACGGGCUCAUCCAGUCCGUCGGUUGGCCGUCCAACGUCGCCGUCAUGGGCAACUGGUUUAGCGCGCGCGAGCGUGGCGCGGUCAUGGGUAUUUGGAGCGGCAACGCGUGCUUUGGCAACAUUGUCGGGACCGCGGUCAUUGCGCUUCUCUUCAACCUCUUUCCCAACAAGGUUGACGCAUGGCGAACGUCCAUGAUCGUCUCGGGCGUCCUCGUCGGACUGCACACGCUGCUGAUUUGGCUCUUUUUGCAGCCGUCGCCAGGCUCGAAGCGCCUCUCAUCGGACGAUGUCGACGACGGACAAAUGCUGCUUCUCAAAGAAGACGCGACGCCCAAGGGCAUUUCGUUUUGGCGGGCGUGGCGGAUCCCUGGGGUCAUCCCCUACGCACUCUCGUACGCGUGUGUCAAGUCGGUCAACUAUGCGCUCUUCUUUUGGCUACCGUUUUACCUCACGGUCUCGCUCAAGAUGGAAGACUCGACGGCCGACUACUUUUCGAUGCUCUAUGACGCGGGGCAGAUCCUCGGCGGCUUCCUCGGCGGCUACGUUACGGAUCGCAUGGGCAUGCGGACGCCGACGAUCGUGGCAAUGCUGGCCUCUGUCACGUGUCUCCUGCCGUCGUUCCACGCUGCAUCCAAGGAUGGCAUUGGCAUCCUCCUCUUUGUCUCUGGGUUUCUUCUUGGUGGGCCUGCGAAUUUGAUCAGCACGGCGAUCUCCGCGGACCUGGGCACGUGCCCGACACUACGCGGUAACACGGCGGCGCUCGCGACCGUCACGGGCAUCAUUGACGGCACUGGCAGCGUCGGCGCGGCCAUUGUGCAGUACCUCGUCGGGUAUCUCGCCAACUGCCACACGACGCCGUCCGGCCAAGAGUGCUCGUGGCAGCCGGUGUUUUCGCUCCUUGAGAUUGGGAGCGUGCUCUCGAUUCUCUGCCUCGUGCCGCUUUUAUGGAAGGAGCUCCAUAUGUACUAUGUCGCCACGUCCUCUCCGUAG